UAUUGUUUUACCCCAAGCAGAUGUGUGCGACUCAGUCGCGCAUUUUAGAUAAUAUUAUGUUGAAGUCUUACAUGCGGCUCUCGUGAUCGGACUUAGAAUAAAAUCUUUCAUUGUUUUUGGUAACCCACAAGUGAAUACUUUACAUAACUUUGUUCAAUUUUCUAGCCGUCCAUGAUGCAAAAACCAAUGACAAUUACAAACUAAUGAAAGCAUGUGCUGCGUGUACUCCCCAACAAUUAGAAGUCGUCGAUUCCUAUGGAAAUACAGCCCUUCUUAAGGCCUGCUACUUGGGAAAUGUUGAUGCUGUGCGUGUGCUUUUGAAAUUUAAUGUGAACUUGCAUGCAAUUAACUUUUUUGGACAAAAUGCAUUGACUUUGGCAGCACAUUCAGGCUCCUUGGAGGUGGUCAAUGAAUUAUUAAAGUACCGAAGUUAUACUGAUUUUACAUUAUCAUCGAUGAUUCCUCCGAUUUGCGUAGCUCUUCUAAGGGGCCACGAACAAUUGAUCGGCUUCUUUCAAAACAUGCAUCCGAUGAGCUUCCGUAGUGCUCAUGGACUUACUCUAAGCGAUUUGUAUACAAUGAAAAUGGAAUACGAACCCCAAAAUAUAAAAUAAUUAUUUUAUAUUUUGGGUUUUUUUCUCCUGUAAUGCUGACUUAAUGCUUGAGCUUUAGAAGUUUUUAAAAGUUGAAAUAAUUUAUAAAAUUAAAUGUUUUUAAUGUAUUUUUGUAUGAUAAUGUUAUAUAUGUAUGUACAUGCAUUGUGUUUGUUAAUUAAAUGGUUGAUAAGUA